AAAGGCGGAAGUACAUCAAACAUAAACACAGACACGGUGCCGUGAGGAAGAUAAUAAUCUGGAGAAGUUAAUCACAGUUUAUUUCUCCCUGUUACAGGACAUUAAUGUGAUUUAUUUGAUUAUAAUUGAUAUCAGACGGUCAGCAUGCUGAAAGCUGUCAUUCUCAUCGGAGGAGCGCAGAAAGGUACGCGGUUCCGUCCGCUCUCCUUUGAGGUUCCUAAACCGCUGUUUCCUGUGGCAGGAGUUCCCAUGCUCCAGCACCACAUCGAGGCCUGCGCCAAGGUGCCGAACAUGAAGGAGAUCUUACUGAUCGGGUUUUAUCAGCCCAACGAGGAGCUGAACCGCUUCCUGUCCUCAGCACAGCAGCAGUUUAAAAUCCCAGUGAGGUACCUGCAGGAGUACUCGGCUCUGGGGACAGGAGGAGGGAUCUAUCACUUCCGAGAUCAGAUCCUCUCUGGUUCUCCUCAGGAGUUCUUCGUCCUGAAUGCGGACGUGUGCUCGGAGUUUCCUCUGGAGGACAUGCUGCGUUUCCAAAAGGAGCACGGAGACGCACACAGCUUCAUCAUCCUCGCCACCACGGCCAACAGGAAACAGUCCCUGAACUACGGCUGCAUCGUGGAGAACGAACACACCAAUGAGGUGCUGCACUACGUGGAGAAGCCGAGCACGUUCGUCAGUGACAUCAUUAACUGUGGGAUUUACCUUUUCACUCCGGAGAUCUUCCAGCACAUCGGAGCUGUGUUUCAGAAAAACCAACAGGACGUCAUGCUAGAUGAGCAGUGUAACGGCUGGCAGAGAGCAGAGGUCAUCCGUCUGGAGCAGGAUAUUUUCACGGCGCUGGCGGCUCAGGAGAAACUCUACGUGUACAAAACAGACCGAUUCUGGAGUCAGAUUAAAUCUGCAGGAUCAGCGAUCUACGCCAGUCGGCUGUAUCUAAACCAGUACCACAAGACCCACCCUGAGAGACUGGCCACCAAUAAGGAUGGGGGGCCGAAAAUAAUCGGAAAUGUUUACGUCCAUCCGACUGCGAACAUCGACCCCACUGCUGUGUUGGGUCCGAACGUGUCGAUAGGAACCGGAGUGACGAUCGGAGCUGGGGUUCGAGUCAGAGAGUCCAUCAUCCUCCACGGAGCCACUUUACAGGACCACAGCUGUGUGUUGAACAGUAUAAUCGGGUGGGACAGCACCAUCGGGAAGUGGGCGAGAGUGGAGGGAACACCGAGUGACCCGAACCCUAACGACCCGUACGCCAAAAUCGACAGCGAGACUCUGUUCAGAGACGGAAAACUAACACCGUCCAUCACCAUCCUGGGCUGUAACGUGACGAUCCCGUCUGAAGUGAUCAUCCUGAACUCCAUCGUCCUUCCACACAAAGACCUGAACCGCAGCUUCAAAAACCAGAUCAUCCUGUAACAGCAGAGCGUCGAUUAUCGGUUAUACGAUGUAUCGCAAUGUAGUGUUAAAUAUUGGCACCCCUCCCCUCACUGUGUCCAGUUCAUACGUGGAUAUGAAUCUGUCUGGUAACACCAACUUAUUUUAUACGUAAUCCCCAAACUCAUACCUUCGGGCUCGUGUGCUCCAGUGACUGCCACUCGUUAUAAGGCUCAUUAUUUUAUUUAAUUACAGGGAGUCCAUUUGCUAAAACCAUUCACUAGCGAGAGCUAGUGUAACGUUGAGGUGCUGAGGACAUUCACUAAUCACAGUCAGAAUGAGAACAGACAGCUCGCUGUAGUGUUGGUUAGCUAUAAACUAAAGUAUUAAAUGAAAGGAGGUACAGUAUUUCACUGCAGGACCGAAAUGUUACUUAGAUGAGCGAGUUAGCGUAGCAGCGUAACUGUUAGGAUGACCAACUCGGCUACAGCGAGGCAGAUUUUUACUCGGAGUCUCAGAAUUGAGUGUAAUAAUGCUUAUUGAUGCAAUUCCUUCAAGCCGUUUAAAGAUAUAUUUGGAAAAAAACCAAAAAACAGGCAGAUAAGUGUGUGAUUUCGGGAUCAGGAGUUUCCUGUUCUGAAACAUUAAUAAAUCAGGUCAUGAUGUAAGUGUUGUGUUCAAUAAAAAGUGUAAAAUGGAAA